UGGAGGGGAGAAAUGGGGAAGUGAAUGCAGCACCCAAAGACUUUGUAGAAGAGAAGAGAUCAGGAAAUAAAAGCCAGCAUAGAAAGAUCCAGAGAGAAAUGGCAAAGAAGUAAGAUCUGUAUAGAAGCACAAACAAGGAUUCUGAGGCCUCCACCAUGGCCUCUCGGCGAACUGAAGAUGAGUGCAAACCCCUGUUCAAGCAGAAAGAAGCCCAGCUCAAUGGGCCAGCCCCAUCUCCCUUUGAGGGCAGAAAGGCUGCCUGUCUGGCUGUGUUGCUGGUGGAGAUCCUGGAGCGGGCAGCUUUCUUUGGUAUCGUCUCCAACCUUGUCCUGUACCUCAACAGCAGCACCUUUAACUGGGGUGGCUCUCAGGCUUCUCAGGCAGUUUUGAUCUUCAUAGGUGCCUCCUAUCUGCUCUCACCCAUCGGGGGCUGGCUCGCCGAUGCUUACCUAGGCUGCUACUGGACUAUUGUCUUCAGCUUCCUGCUCUACCUUGUCUCAGCAUGCCUGUUGCCCAUUGUGGCCUCACAGGACGGGCGCCUCUGGUUGUGUGGAGAGAUGCCAUCAUACCCAAUACAGCCUUCAUGCCAAGAUGACAUGUCCGAGUGUAAACAAGAGCUUCCGAGUCCAUAUUGCGCCCCGCUCCUGUACACUGGUCUGCUGAUCAUGGCCCUUGGCAUCAGCUCCGUCAAAGCCAAUCUCAUUCCAUUUGGUGCCGAUCAGGUGACAGACUGUGGCCAGGAAGCUACCCGACGUUUCUUCAACUGGUUCUACUGGAGCAUUAACAUUGGGGCUGUGCUUUCGCUGCUGGUGAUUGCCUUCAUCCAACAGAAUGUGGGCUUCCUGAUUGGCUAUGCCAUUCCUGCUGUCUGUCUGGCCGUGGCCCUUGUAAUCUUCCUUCUGGCUGCCCCCAUCUUUAUCACAAAGCCAGCUGCUGGCAGUCGAGUCUUCACUGUGUUGCAUUUGACUCUCCAGAACAGCUGUUGUGGCAAAGCAUUGCAAAAGGUGACCCUAAAAACCAGGGCAAGUAAUCCCCUGCUGGAAGCAGACAGACCCAAUCCGCUUUCAGGGGAAAGCAACCAGCCUAUGGGGUCAUCAUCCUAUGAACACGCCUCCAACCUCCAUGUGGUGGCAAAGAUCCUGCCAGUUCUGCUGACUCUCAUCCCCUAUUGGAUGGUUUAUUUCCAGAUGCAGUCAACCUACUACUUGCAGGGUCUCCAUCUCUCCAUCCCCAACUUCUUUCAAAGUAGUCAUAUGAAUGACAGUGCAUUCUCAGAAACCAUAGAUACUGUCUAUAUGUUUCCAGAUGCCUGGCUCCUUCUAGCCAAUGUAGUGGUUCUAUUGAUCCUCAUUCCAUUGAACGACCGAGUAAUAGACCCAUUCCUAGCAAAGAAGAAGCUGUUGCCAUCAGCACUGAAGAGAAUGGCAGCAGGCAUGAUCUCUGGCCUUGGCUCAGUCCUAUUAGCAGGUUUCCUGGAGACUAAGCGGCUGCGAUAUGUGAACCACAACCAGACAAUCUCACAACGAAUUGGGAAAGAUGAAUACUUUGCAGCCCCACUCUCCAUUUUCUGGCAAAUCCCUCAAUAUUUACUCAUUGGAAUCAGUGAAAUCUUUGCCAGCAUUCCGGGGCUGGAAUUUGCCUAUUCUGAAGCUCCCAGAACCAUGCAAGGAGCAAUUAUGGGUCUUUUUUUCUUCAUUUCUGGAGUUGGAUCUCUUUUAGGAUCUGGCCUCCUUAGUUUACUCUCCCUGCCAACCAAUGGCUGGAUGUAUUGCCCAGAAGAUUUUGGAAACAUCAACAAAUGUCGGAUGGAUUAUUAUUUCUUCCUCCUAGGUGGGAUUCAAGCGGUAACAUGCAUCCUCUUCAUGAUCAUCUCCGUCCGCUAUGAGCGUCAACGUCCCAUCAGCUGAGAGAACAACUGAUCGCAUUUAUCAGGACUGCAAGAAGGCACACAUGCUCUCCAGUUAUCAUGAGGUUCAAUGCUAUGGCUGUGGUAGAAAAUUAACCGAUUCAAAUGUUGUGAAGAUUAUAUGAAUGAAAAUUAAGAUAAAGUAAUCCAGAUGACCAACAAUGGCAACUAAUCAGGGUACUAAGAACUCCAGUUCCUUAGUCGAGGUGUUAAUGUUUUCCGGAAACUCAAUAUGAACAGUGGAGUUAUGGGAAGCUUGAAGCUAAGAUAUUAACUACUGAAUGUAAGUGAAACAAAUCAUUUCUUGAUCCAUCAAAAUGGUUCUUGCCCCUCUUAGUACUUCCAAUUUCCUUUGAGCUGAACCAUUUUGGGGGGAAACAAAAUUAAAUCCUUUAAAAAAGGAGAACGUCAUACAUAACUGUAUAUACUUGUACAUAGACAUUCACAUAAUUUGGGGGUGUGAAAAUCAUCAGAAGCUUCUGAUAGUUUCCAGCCAAAUAUCAGUGUUGCAAAUGUAGAUUUCAUGGGGAUC